AUGGACAAGGCUCUCGCGCUGCCAGAGAUCCUCGCCUGUAUCAGCAAUAUGCUCGACAACAACAACAUCAUUUCUUGCAUGCAGGUUUGUAAUGCAUGGAGAACCGAAUUCGAACCUCGUCUCUGGCGAUCAUUCACCCUCAAACAGCUUGGGCCCGAUGACAUGGGCGUUCAACCAAAUCUCGCCCUCCUCCAAAAGAACGCAUACCAUAUCCGCAGCCUGGUCAUCGAGCACAUGGACCCCACCCUUCAAGAUUUCUUUACGCAGUGCAAGCAGCUGGACGAGGUCAAGUUUGACGUGCAGGAGGUCGACGAUGGUGACAUUUGGAAUCGAUUCUCGGAUAUGAUAGACAACCACGGCCGUCUUCGCAAGAUUGUGAUCAAUUCUGUCCCGUGGCCGAUGACCAACAAAGUCCUGGAGACGAUGGAGAGGUGCCCAAAGCUAAUUGUCCUCGAGACCAAGAUGGCCGAACUAGAUGUUGCCGCGACCCAGCUCUACCUUCGCCUCUGCUCCAAGAACCUCAGGAGACUUUCGACGUGGGAUGACGACUAUGAUCACCCCGAGUUUCCUGAAGACCUUAUCUUUCAGGAGAUGCGCUACCUCGAUAUUUGUCACGCCAACGGGAUCUCCAUGGACAAGCAGCUCACAUGGCUCAGCCGCUGCCCCAACUUGAUCUCUUUUCGCUGGGAACCUGGGAACGGUUAUGUCGAUGUCGCCAAGCUCUGUACUAUUCUCUCGGGAGGAACCUGUCCCAACUUGACGGCACUGCAUCUGCUUGUGACUGUGGCGGACGACGAUAUUGCACAGAUUCUGGAAGCUGCACCAAUGAUCGAGAAGCUAUCAUUGCCAAGGACGGAAUUCGGAGUACUGUCGAUGAACGCCUUGCGCAGACACUUUCCAACCUUGCGGGAUAUCAACCUUCAGUUUUGCUCCAAGGUCACCAGCCCGAUGGUCCAAGAGAUUCUCCGUUCCUGCGCCAACCUCCAAAGCAUCAGCGCCGAAUCCUUGGCUCACAGCGACAUUAUUCAGCAUCCGUGGGCGUGCAGGAAUCUCCAGAUGUUUGACGUCGGGAUUGAUGUCGUUGAUGAGACUGGCGAUGACGAUCCUCCAAUGUCCCACUUCAAAGAAGUCUACCAGCGCCUUGGCCAACUCACAGACCUCAACUACCUUUCCAUCUGCAGCGAGAAUCAGGCGGACACGGAUAGCCGGGAUCCGAUCAAGGUCUCGUUGGAGGCUGGCUUUGACGAGUUGGCGACUCUGAGGAAGCUGACAUUUUUUAGCUGCAAGACGCUGCUGAACAGCGAUGAUCCUAGCGAGGGGUUCAAAGUUGUGGAGUGGAUGGUAGAGCAUUGGAAGAGGCUGGAGACGUUUGAGGCGUCAACACUCGCUGGGGUUAGGGGGGACAUUGGGGAUGACGGCAACACGACUAAGCCCGAUGCGAUGGAUCUGCUGAGGGAUCAUGGUGUCACGUUUAGCGCGUUUUUCUCGCCGGGGCUGGAUUACGACGAUGACGACGAUGUCGACUAUUAUGACGGGGAUGCGUGGACGGAACAGUCAGACUAUGAGGACGAUGGCUAUGACAUGGAUGACUUUGCGACCUAUGAUCACUACGGUCCCAUUGACUUUUCCAGCGACGAUGAGUACGCUGAUCAAUACGCUCAGUACAUGCAACUGCAGUACAUGGGCCUCGAGUAA